GCAGUUUAAAAAUGUCAAAUGUAAAUAAAUAAACAUAUUUCGGUAAUUUAGAAAAUUUUAUUAUUUAUAAUAUUUAAAUAAAUAAAAAUUCCUUAUUCAAAGAAUAAAUAGGUUUAAAAGUAUUGCAAUUCAAUAAUUCUCCAAACAUGUCAAGUCAAUCGAAUUUAUCUGUUGCGAUAAUUUGUUCUUCGAAUAUGAACCGAUCCAUGGAGGCUCAUUCGUAUUUGGCGAAGAAAAAAAUCGUGAAUGUACGAUCCUUUGGAACGGGUGACAAAGUUAAACUGCCAGGAACAGCAGCAGACAAACCAAAUGUCUACACAUUUGGUACACCUUAUGACGAAAUUUACGAAGAUUUGAUCAAAAAAGAUAAACAAUAUUACACUCAAAAUGGCCUUCUUCAUAUGCUUGAUAGGAAUAGGAGAAUUAAAGCGUGUCCAGAAAAAUUCCAAAAUUGCAAGGAAAUGUUUGACAUUUUAAUAACAUGCGAAGAAAGAGUGCUUGAUCAGGUACUAGAGUUCUUCGAAUCUAAGGAAUCAACUGAAAAUCAACCUGUUCAUGUUAUAAACAUCGACAUACAAGAUAACCAUGAAGAAGCAACAGUAGGAGCAUUUUUAAUCGGUGAUUUAGUUGCCAUGAUGGUUAACAGUGAAGACCUUGACAAUGAAAUUGACGAGUUGCUACAUGAUUUUGAAACCAAAACUAAGCGUCCUGUUUUACAUUGUGUUCUUUUUUAUUGAAUGAAAUUAUUAUUAAAUAAAAUGUCUCAUAGUGUUUACAUA